UCCCGGCAAUACUCAGAUUUACAAUUGUACUUAAUUUUAUAUUCGUUUUGUAACAGACUCGCAGUUGUGAUUCAUAACCAAGUACACAGUGUUAAUAGAUUCUGUUACUAUAAUGUCAGAGCUCUGGUCACAAGGAUAAAUAGGUUUGAUCCCUUCCCGCAGCGACUCAGACGUAGCGGUUGAGAAGAGGUGUGAUUGACUUGCUGCCUCCGACCUUCAGCCUCUGCAGCAAGCCAGAAUACUUGAAGGAGCAGUGACGAGUGCAGUGUAUCAUUGCGCCUCUGGUGUGAUUCAUCUCCAGCGCUGACUUCAUCCUCAAAGAUGAAGUUGAAGGAGGACAUGAACCCCCUGCUGCUGCAGGUCUUCCGCUCUGUGGUCUGGGUCUACUCUGUCAUCACCUUCAUACCUUGGUACUUCUUCUCCGGAGCUGGCAGCAACUUGGAGCGGGCUCGCCGGAUCAAGGCACGCUCAAUCAGUGGACACCCAGCAGGGCCUUACAGGGCCAUCAACAACCAAGACAAGCUGGUGGCAUGGCUGCACCCUGGGGUGGACACCCUGGACAAAAUGUUUGAAUAUGCUGCAGGGAAGUUUCCAGAGAGAGACUGUUUGGGCACCAGGGAGGUGCUCAGUGAGGAGGAUGAGCUCCAGCCAAACGGCAAGGUCUUCAAGAAGGUUAUUCUAGGGAACUAUAACUGGCUGUCGUACGAGGACGCCUACUGUGCGGCGAAGUGUUUUGGCAGCGGUCUGGCAGCUCUCGGACAGAGGCCUCAGUGCAACAUCGCCAUCUUCUGUGAGACCAGAGCCGAGUGGAUCGUGGCAGCGCAAGCCUGCUUCAUGUUCAAUUUCCCGCUUGUGACCCUGUACGCCACCCUCGGACCAACGGCCAUCGCCCACGGCCUGAACGAGACCGAGGUCACGCACAUCAUCACGAGCAAAGACCUGCUCCAGAGCCGUCUCAAGACCAUUCUGUGUGACGUGCCGCGGCUGCAGUAUGUGAUCGUAGUGGACAGUAAACCCACCACCUGGCCGGACAUCCCGAGAGGCAUCAUGAUCUACAACAUGGACGCUGUGAAGGAGAUGGGAUCCAAGUCCAACAACGCAGCGGACCGCAGACAGCCAGAGCCCUCGGACAUCGCCGUCAUCAUGUACACCAGCGGCUCCACAGGCAUCCCCAAGGGUGUCAUGAUCUCCCAUAGCAACAUCGUUGCUGGAAUCACUGGCAUGGCUGAGCGAAUUCCUAACCUCAAUGAAACAGACACCUACAUUGGUUACCUGCCGCUCGCCCACGUUUUAGAACUCAGCGCCGAACUGGUGUGCAUCUCACACGGCUGUCGCAUCGGCUACUCUUCCCCUCAGACUCUGGCCGACCAGUCCACCAAGAUAAAGAAGGGCAGUAAAGGGGACACCAGCGUGCUGAAACCUACUCUCAUGGCUGCUGUACCAGAAAUCAUGGAUCGUAUCUACAAGAAUGUGAUGACCAAAGUGGAGGAGAUGAGCAAAUUCCAGAAGACGCUUUUUGUGCUGGCUUACAACUACAAGAUGGAGCAGAUCUCCAAGGGCUACAGCACGCCGCUCUGUGACAGCCUGGUGUUCAAACGGGUGCGUGCGCUCUUGGGAGGGAACACGCGGGUGCUGCUCUCUGGCGGGGCUCCACUCUCAGCUGCCACACAGCGCUUCAUGAACAUCUGCCUGUGCUGCCCCGUGGGGCAAGGCUACGGCCUGACGGAGACCUGCGGAGCCGGCACCAUCAGUGAGAUGUGGGACUACAGCACAGGACGGGUGGGUGCUCCACUGGUUUGUUCUGAGAUCACGUUGAAGGACUGGGAGGAGGGCGGUUACUACAGCACAGACAAACCCAACCCGCGGGGGGAAAUUCUGAUUGGCGGUCCCAACGUAACGAUGGGCUACUAUAAGAAUUUAACCAAAAACCGCAACGACUUUUUUGUGGAUGAGAAGGGCCAGCGAUGGUUCUGCACUGGAGACAUUGGAGAGUUCCACCCCGACGGAUGCCUCAAGAUCAUCGAUCGCAAGAAGGACCUGGUGAAACUGCAGGCAGGCGAGUACGUCUCUCUCGGAAAAGUGGAGGCCGUUCUGAAGAACUGCUCACUCAUAGACAACAUCUGUGCCUAUGCCAACAGUGACCAAUCGUAUGUGAUCAGCUUUGUGGUGCCGAACCACAAGCAGCUAACGGCGCUGGCGGAGCAGAAGAACGUUAAGGGCACAUGGGAGGAGAUCUGCAACAACUCCCAGAUAGAGAAGGAGGUCCUUCGCAUCAUCACUGAGGCUGCUAUCUCAGCAAAACUGGAGCGAUUUGAGAUCCCCAAGAAGAUCCGUCUGAGCGCCGAGCCCUGGACACCAGAGACCGGUUUGGUCACUGACGCGUUCAAACUGAAGCGCAAGGAGCUCAAAACACACUACCAGGAAGACAUUGAGAGGAUGUACGGCGGCAAAUAACACAUAGACACACUCCCAGCAACACAGAAACACGUACACGUAUAUACUUGCACACAUACACAGGGAGCUCAGAAGCCACUACCGGGACGACUCUGAGAGGAGUUACACUUUAGAUACAGGUAACACACACACACACAUACAAAGCAUCUCAUGCACCUCCUCCUUGGCUUCCCCGUGACCAGCUUCGAUCAAAGGAGGUGAAAAAAAAAAACGAAACAAACUUGAAU